AUGAAGCUCACAAAUCAGAGCGCCGUGCCGGUGUACACAAUCGCUGGAUCCUCAACUGCUCGUCCGCUUCCCGAAUGGCUGGCCCGGAAACGAAAGCGAUCACUCAAAAAUGACGCCGAAUAUGCGAAUCGCAUCGAGUUGCUGCAGGACUUCGAAUUCGAGGAGGCCAGCUCAUGUGUGCGCGUGAGCGCUGAUGGAGAAUGGGUGAUGAGCACAGGAACGUAUAAGCCACAGAUUCACACGCAUUACCUGCCCCAUCUCUCGCUCUCAUUCGCCCGCCACACAAACUGUCUGAACGAGACAUUCAUUUUGCUCUCCGAUGACUACAGCAAAUCGCUACAUCUUCAGACCGACCGGUUUCUGGAAUUUCACACGCCUGGAGGACUUCAUUACAGUACGCGUAUACCGAGAUACGGACGGGACUUGAAAUAUAAUAGGAGGAAUGCCGAGGCGCUGAUACCCGCGGUGGGCGUAAAUGCAGAUGGAAAUGGAGAGGUCUUUCGGCUGAAUUUGGAGGUGGGAAGAUUCAUGAAGGGCUAUGAGGUGGAAGUUGGCGGCGAUGACAUGGAUUCGUUUGGAGGUGGAGCGUUGCAGGGAGGAAUUCAUGCUGGUGCUGUGAAUUGUGCGGCCAUAGCAGAGGAAAGUCACGGUCUUCUCGCAUUUGGCACAUCAAUUGGCACUGUCGAGUUCUGGGAUCAGCGUUCACGGAAUCGAGUGAGUGUUCUGUCUGCACCCAAUCCCACCACCUCAGACAACACAUAUGACACACGACCAGAGAUCACCGCGCUAGACUUCCACUUUUCCGGCCUUCAACUCGCCACGGGUAACAGCCAGGGCAUAAUCCGCACAUAUGACAUGCGCUCUCCGAUUCCUCUCCUGGAACGCGAUCAGGGCUAUGACUACCCUGUCCAGACCCUGACAUACCUUGACUCCCCACUGGCGUCUGACAAACUCCUUUCCGCCGACAAGAAAGGCAUCAAGAUAUGRGAUCGCACCUCGGGAGAUUACUGGACUGGUGUCGAACCCGCAGUGGAUCUGAAUCACGUUGAAUGGGUGCCUUCUUCCGGCAUGCUUUUAACCGCCAACGAGGGCAUGCAGCAGCACGCCUUCUUCAUUCCCCAACUGGGUCCUGCGCCCAAGUGGUGUGCUUUCUUGGAUAACCUCGUCGAGGAAAUGGCCGAGGACGCGUCCGAUCCUAAUGCAUACAAAUCUGGCAUCACCACUGCGAACGCGGGAGAAGUCUAUGACAAUUACAAGUUCCUCGACAUGGCACAACUCCGCGAACUCAGUCUCGAUCAUCUUAUCGGGACGACAAACUUGUUACGGCCGUAUAUGCAUGGAUACUUCGUUGCGCAAAAACUAUACGAGCAGGCCCGCUUGCUCACCAAUCCACAUCUGGCGGAGGAUGAGCGGAGAAAGACGGUUCAAGCAAAGAUUGAUAAGGAACGAGAGAGCCGGAUCCGUGGUACGAAGAAGGCCGCCGCCGUUAAGGUCAAUAGGCGGUAUGCGGAGGCCUUGGCCGCGAAGGCAGAGGCGCACGAGAGGAAGAAGGCGGAGAGAGUCUUGCGAUUGGGUGGUGAUGAAUCUCAAGCUGGCGAUGCCGAGGGAGCAGAAGUGGAUGAGCAACCGAAGAAGGAAUCUCUACUGGACGACCGUUUCGCCAGCAGACUGUUCAACGACGAAGACUUCGAAAUUGACGAGACGAGCCGCGAAUUCGCGAUGCACAAUCCUUCCACCGUUCCCGUUGCAGGUGCAACUGGAAAGGGUCGUAAGAAUCUCACCGCCGUCGAGUCCGAGAUGUUGGACGACGUCAAGGGUUCUUCCGAUGAGGAUGAAGAAGAUUCAGAAGAUGCAGACGCCCAUCGCGAUCCCCGGACACGACAGAGACAUGUACGGAACCCCGAGGAGUUCAAGGACUCCAAAGGCAAGAUUGGUUCCAGCAGUUACAAGAAGUCUGGGAAGGUCUCGCAGAGGAUGCCGGACAUGCGGGUUUCGAGCGCGGGCACGAAGGGGUCGAAGAGGGCUAUGGGUGGGAAGAGUUUCGGGGAAAUGAAAGGAGCCGUUGCACCGUCUGCGAACAGAGGAUUUGGCCGGGAUCAGGGGGCGGACAAGCCUUUCGGAGAGAAGCAGAUUACAUUUGCGCCGCAGAAGCAGAAGCAGCCGGGCAGGAGACAAGCCGAGGAGGGUGAUAACGGGAGGAAGGUGGGCAGAGGAAAGAAGGAGGGCGGUGAUAAGGGGAGGAGAAGUGCGAGUGGAAAUGUUUUCAGAGGGUUGUAA